GCUUUCAACCGGCAAAAUGGCGACCAGCGACAGAGAGAAGGUCCUCGGUGACUACCGAAAGAAACUGGUAGAACACAAAGAAUUGGAAGCUAGGUUAAAAGAAAUGCGAGAUCAACUAAAAGAACUCACAAAGCAAUAUGACAAAUCUGAGAAUGAUCUUAAAGCCUUGCAGAGUGUUGGACAGAUCGUUGGAGAAGUCCUCAAACAACUAACUGAAGACAAGUUUAUAGUGAAGGCGACCAAUGGGCCUCGUUAUGUAGUAGGCUGUAGGAGACAGCUGGACAAGACAAAGCUGAAGGCAGGCACUAGAGUAGCUCUCGAUAUGACAACUCUCACCAUCAUGAGGUAUCUCCCCCGUGAAGUAGAUCCACUAGUCUACAAUAUGCAGGCCGAAGACCCAGGAAACAUAAGCUACUCCUCAGUUGGAGGUUUAGGAGAACAAAUCCGAGAACUGAGGGAGGUGAUAGAACUGCCAUUGUUGAACCCUGAGCUGUUCCAACGUGUAGGCAUCACCCCUCCUAAAGGCUGUCUCCUCUAUGGUCCACCAGGGACAGGAAAGACCUUGUUAGCAAAGGCUGUUGCAUCACAAUUAGAUGCUAAUUUCUUAAAGGUAGUUUCAAGUGCUAUCGUAGACAAAUACAUCGGAGAGAGUGCUAGGCUGAUUAGAGAAAUGUUUGGAUUUGCAAGAGAUCACGAACCAUGUAUCAUAUUUAUGGACGAGAUAGAUGCAAUUGGUGGUAGAAGGUUCUCUGAAGGCACAUCUGCUGAUAGGGAGAUACAGAGAACACUUAUGGAGUUGCUGAACCAGAUGGAUGGCUUUGACACACUAGGCAAGGUAAAGAUGAUCAUGGCCACCAACAGACCAGAUACCCUGGAUCCUGCCCUUCUCAGACCUGGUAGAAUAGACAGAAAAAUAGAAAUUCCACUUCCAAAUGAACAAGCUAGAAUGGAUAUUUUAAAAAUACACGCCCAACCAAUAGCCAAACACGGGGAAAUAGAUUGGGAAGCUGUGGUGAAGCUAUCAGAUGACUUCAAUGGAGCAGAUCUCAGAAAUGUGUGCACAGAAGCAGGUAUGUUUGCGAUCCGAGCUGAAAGGGACUUUGUCAUCGAAGAAGAUUUUAUGAAAGCUGUGAGAAAAGUGGCAGAAAACAAAAAACUAGAAUCCAAACUUGACUAUAAACCUGUAUAGAUAAUACAAAUACUUGACUAUAAACCUGUAUAGAUAAUACAAAUACCUUGUAAUACCUUGUGUGACUACAGACAGUGACUUGAGAGAUAAAGUUAAGGCUCUUUUGGGAUAUGGCCCCGUCGGGAUAAAGAUAUGGCGAUAUUAAGAUAAAAUUAUGGCUGAGUUGUGGUAAAGCAGUAUGACUGUUGAGAAAAUCCUUGACUCUGUUGAAACAAAGCUAUACCUGUUUGAUUGAUAAUAUAUUGUCUGUUGAUGUAAAGCAAUAUGACUCUUGAGAUAAAGCAGUAUAGCUGUUGAGAUAAAGCUAUGGCUUUGUUGAAAUAAAGCUAUGACAUUUGAUAAAUAUAUAGCUCUGUUCAUUAUGAUAUUACUCUGUUGAUAUAAAGCUAUAUGACACUAUUGAGAUAAAGCAGUGUGACUGUUGA